CUAACAAACAGCCCAACAGCAAUGUCUGCACCCAACGCCGGCCGUCAGUCCCCCGACCCCGAGAACCAGAGCGGCAAGCAGCAAGCCGAGCCCACCUCUGGCAACGCCCACCACGGUGCCCAGCCCUCUGAGGGUUCCAAGAAGGCCUCGGACAACCAGUUGAGCGGUCUUGAGAGCAACCCCACCGGUCCCCUCGACCAGGCCGCCAAGGACAAGACCUCCAAGUCCACCUAA